AAUCGAGGGACACCCGUUGCCGACUGGUGCCGGUUCUGGGGGUCCACAGCAGCCCCUCCCGCGAAUAAGCGGAGCCUCCACUGAAAGUCAAGGCGGGACUUGCAGGUUCUGGAACCCAAGAGCCCCAGCGGUUUGUCCCUCAUUGACGUUACCUUUACCUCACCACCACAUGCCACAUGCCAGCAAAAGAGACACAGCCCUAGGCUAACCAGCUGCACAACUUCUUCCACAAAACCUGCAUCAUCCCCGGCCCUUCUCACAGCUUCCGUCUCCCGCUUUUUGAGGCCACUCCUCUUCCACGGCGACUUGUUUAGGCUCACGUAACCCAUCCCCGAGUGUAACUGCGGCGCGGGUCAUGUUUUGCAGCCUGCCGAUCGCCAAUCAAUCGAGUCACGCGCAUCAUUAACGUCCGCGGGGUUGCCUCGGGCUCCGGCAUCGCUCGUCCGCAACAACACAAUGGACGACGCCGCCCGACUCGUUACCGAGUUGCAAGACAAGCUCGCCGAGCUCGAUGGCAAGGUCGCUGCAUAUCGGCGCGACAUGCUAACAGAAUUCCACAAACACAUGGACGAGUGUCUCAAAAAGUAUCCGGAUUCCGUCUCUGGCGAGGUCUCCCGAGCCAUCGCCGCGUCCAUGUCCACGGGCAGGUAUUCCGCGCUGGACUGCCCCAGUCGUGACGCGCCGGACUCGCCGGCAAUCGACCGCAGCGCCUGGGACGGUCGAAAAUCGCCCCCGCCCAUUCUCCGCCAUACCUCGGGCACGCCGAAGGAGAGCCCGAGGGAUCCGCACGCGAGGGAGAAGGAAUUCCACGGCCUGUUCACGCCAACUUACCUCCCAUUGCUCGAGAGCAACAAACGCGCACUGCAAUCGCCGCCGAUGUCGCCGCCACCAAUGUCUCCGCCGUUACCGAAUUCUGGCGAAACAGCACUCGCUCUGUCGGCUGAUAAUGUGAAGAAGGUGGCGGAGUCCAAGCCGGCAAUUUUCCACCAUCUCGAGGACAGGCCAGGCGCGGUUCGGAGGAUGACCGACCAGUCCACGUCAUCGCUUGACUCCUCAGGCAGCGACUCAAAAACCAGGCGAAGCGCGCUACGGCGGUCGUCCAGCUCAGUCAAGGGCAGCCCACGCCGGGUACGUUUCGAGUUUGAGGGAGAAGAGGUGUUUCCUGCAUCUUCGUCCCCCAAGGCACCGACCAUCGCCCCGGACGAGGAAAGUGGGGCUGAACCGCAGCCCGAGGCGGAGGCACCGGCUGUCGCAACCGGGGAUGAGUCAACUGCCUACUCGGGGACGUCGCUGCUCGACGCCGUAGGGGAAGAGGACUCUCUCCCGAAACCAAGAAAGGUGUCCUCUACACAGGCGUUGCAGGCACUCACCCGUAGUCCGCUGGAAGAAGGAACGACUUGGAGAGAAGUCAACGCAGAUACGGAGACGCCCGCUAAAAUGAACGGCACAAAACAACCGGCAAAAACAGCGGAUCGGCCGACCAAGACCGACUCUCAGGCGACUAUCCGGGCGAAUGGCACCGGGUGCUUUGCACAUCGGCAACAACCCGGACCGCCGCUUGAGGACUCGGCGAUAUAUGACGACGAGGACGAGGACGAGGACGAGAACGUGUCCGACGACGAGUUUCUCUCGAUCCCAGUCAGGCGAAAGUCUUCCUCCACGCCAUCCCCCUCUACGCCACCCCUACCCUCCACAGUCCCCCCACUUACCCGGGUACCAAAUGGCGCAACUCCCGCGUCUAAAACCACCGCCAGCGAAGGCAACCGAAACCACAGCGCAGACGACGAUGACCUCAACCCGCUCUUCGACUUUGACGACGAGGCCGGCGGGUCCUCCGCGUCUCGGUCAGAAAACCCCCAGAAAUACAUCUCCGACGCCGAAUCCGACGACGAAGAUCCCACACCACCAGGCCGCCUCCGCAACGAAGUACACCAGCAGCUAGCCGCCUCUGCAUCCACCUCUACCGCCGCGCAGAUCCCGCCCAUGUCCCCCUCGUCGGUGCUGUUCGGCCACAGCGUCGGCUCCUACAUGGGACGGUCCGUGGUCAUGCCCCCGGUCAAGAACCCGCAGCUGUACGAUGAGAUUGCAAGCAUGGACGACGUGGAGCUCUAUGUGGGGAGCAUCAAGGACCUCUCGGCCGCCCAGGCCGCGAGCAUGGGGACGAGCUAUAGGGCGCCGAGCCUGGCUAGGGGCGGCGUGCCCAUGAGCUUCUCGGAGCGGCUGGCGCUGGAGGAUGAGAUGGAACGGCGGGGUGCUGCUGGGGAGAAGGAGGGGGGGGCGUAGGAGGGGGGAGUAGAUUUCCUGUUUGGAUUUGCAUCGAGCAUUGGAUAAGGGUGAUCGGGUUGGGUGCUAUCAGCGAUGUUGUAGUGGCCCGGAUAGAUUGGUUGGUUGGGGGAUUUACAGGUGUGAUUUUCUCUACUUUGUACUUUAACUAUCGGGCUGCAUCGCUUUGGGGCAUAGUGGAGUUGUGUGCUUGGGCCUCUGCUGGUGGCCCGGAUCAUAGAGUGAGACGAUCUUGCAUGAGGAAAUGGAGACAUCGUUCCAAUA